AUGGCAUUGACACUUGAAGCUUUAAAAACUAAAAGAAAAACUAUUAAAACUCAAGUUACAAGGUUUGAAACUAUUCUCAAGAAAAUACAAGAUAAUACAGAUUUAUAUUCGCUCGAUUUAGAAGGGCCACUUUUGAGACACAAUGAACUUUGGCAAUCCUUUGACGAAGUUCAAACGGGAAUCGAAGAAUUAAAACCGAAUGACGACGUCUCAGUACACGAGUCAGAACGGUUGGAAUUCGAGGAUCGAUUCUACGAGAUAAGUGGCACUGCAAAAAAAUACAUUCAAAAACUGUCCUCUUUGUCAGGAAGCGGUUCCGCACAAUCUGCUUCCAGUAAUCAUUCUAGUUUAAUUCAAAAUUCGCUUACAACGAACCUAGAUCCGGGUCAAUUUCCUAAUCAAAAUUCGUCUCAUUUUCAAUUACCAAAACUUCAAACUCCUACCUUUUAUGGUACCUUUGAUACGUGGCUCGAGUUCUAUGAUUCAUUUAAGGCUAUGUGCCAUGACAACAUGAAUAUCCCUACGAUCAACAAAUUUAUGUAUCUCAAGGCAUGCGUACAGAGUGACGCAAAAGAAAUCCCAGAGCAGGACGUUUCGAAACCUGUAAACUCUUCUACCACUUUAGUCAGCAUUCAUGCACAAUUACCAUCGCAAGUAAUUCUUGGAACGGCAUUAGUCGAAAUUUUAGACAAUAAAGGUCAAUAUCAUCCGUACCGCGCUCUUCUCGAUAGUUGUUCUCAGUGCAAUUCAAUUACCGAUAAAUUUGCUUCCGCUCUCGGUCUCAAGAAAAAUCGUCUUGACAUGCAACUCAGAGGAGUAGACAACUUAAAAACCAAUGUCAAAUAUACUACCUCUACUAACAUCAAAUCACGCGUAAAUGAUCUUAAUUUGAAAAUGUCAUUUCUCAUCUUCAAUGAAAUUUCUAGUAGAAUGCCGUCCAUUACACUUAAUCGAAAGCUAUUUAAGAUUCCUGAAAACAUCUCGUUAGCUGAUCCUGAAUUUCACCGACCUGCAGACGUAGAUAUUUUAAUAGGGGCUGAAUUUUAUUACGAACUUUUAGGGACAGGAAAAAUUCGUUUCCCAGGUCAAUCAGCCGUUUUGCAAGAAACCGAUUUAGGCUGGAAUGUCGCCGGACGUUACACCCAACCUCGUACUGCCCCGAUAAGUCCGAUGCAAGCUUCUUGCAAUCUUAUCAAAUUUCAAGAUUUACCGAUUUUGUGGGAACUAGAACCAGAAAAUCCAAAUAAAAUUCGUUCUCGGGAAGAAAAGGAGUGUGAAUCGCAUUAUGUGAAAAAUACUACGCGGGACGACAGUAACCGCUACGUAGUAAAACUGCCCUUUAAUAAUAAGAAAGAUUCGCUUGAAUGCAUGCAAGGCUAUCUCACUGAAAAUCAUAUGUCAUUAAUUCCCAGUCACUUAGUGUCAAAUAAGGGCUAUUUUCUCCCGCAUCACGCUGUAGUGAAGGAAAGUAGCAUUACUACAAAAACUAGAGUCGUAUUUGACGGAUCUGCCAAAACUUCGACUGGUAUCUCUUUAAACGAUACUGUCAUGGUUGGUCCUACUAUACAAGAGGAUCUGUUUUCCAUUCUUGCUCGAUUUAGAACAUUUUUGUAUGCCAUGACAGCAGACAUACAACAAAUGUACAGGCAAAUUCGUGUAGCGCAAGACGACAGUCUUUUUCAGAAAAUCUUGUGGCGGCCAGACCCUUCCGAACCUAUCAAAAUUUAUUCAUUGAAUAGGGUUACCUUCGGAACCACUUGCGCACCAUUUCUUGCAAUUCGCACACUACACAAACUCGCGGAUGACGAACGCGAGUCGUAUCCCAUUGCAUCGGCUAUUCUCAAACGCGACUUCUAUGUGGAUGACCUCUUAACAGGCGCGCAUACAUUUCAAGAGGCUCUUGAACUUCGAAACGAUUUAAGUAAUCUUUUAAAUAAAGGCAGUUUCAAUCUGCGAAAAUGGGCAUCAAAUUAUCCCACUUUAUGCAAUGGUUUGUCGGAUGAAACCUCAAUUACGUACCGAUCCCUCGACCCGACAGAAACAAUAAAAACAUUAGGCAUACACUGGAAUGCGAAAACCGAUUCCAUUUUAUAUACUGUCAAUCUGCCAAAUUCGAACGAUACAAUAACAAAGCGAGUGAUUUUAUCUCAAACUUCUAAGUUAUUCGACCCAUUAGGUUUAUUAGGGCCCGUAGUUUUGUCCGCAAAAAUUAUGAUCCAACAGCUUUGGAAACGCAAACUCACAUGGGACACACCUGUUCCAGUCGAGGUUCAAAAGGCUUGGAUCCAAUACCGGAAGGAAUUGCCGUUGUUAAAUGAUCUCAGGUUUGAUCGUUGUAUCAUGAUUCCAAAUUCAACUGAGAUUCAUCUACAUGGGUUUUGCGAUGCUAGUGAGAAGGCCUAUGGCGCUUGCCUCUAUUUGAGAUCAUCGGGCACUCAAGGCAAUCAUCAUUGUGCUCUUAUGUAUUUGUUCUAA